UCUAAAGUGAACUAUGGGUACGUGGUAGAUACCCAGCGGGUUUUUUUCCUACUUCACGCAGUAGUAAACUAAAAGGUGUUGAAGUGAGGAGCCAGACGGACAAAGCAUGCUUCCUCGCAGGCAGGACUCCACCAUGAAGAGGGCCGCAGGAGGACGCAGCGGCUCGGUUAUAAACUUCAGGACCACGGUGAACUCGGGCUCGGGCCGCCGUAGCUCCGCCGUCCUGCCGUCGGUACUGACGUUCCUGGUGAUCGUAGCCUCGGGAGGCCUGCUGCUCAUGAUAGAGAAAGGAAUGCUCAACAGUAUGGAGACGCCUCCACCCAGAGGUGACGGCAAGCGGUUGGACUUCAUCCGGCAGGCUGGGAAGCGUAGUCCGGCCGCUGCGGACGUGGAGUCCCAGUUCGUCAAGGAGAUCCGUAACCGGACCAUCAGGACCAUUUGCAGCCAAAAGAACAUGCCCCACAGCGUGUGGUCCCUGAGCCCCCUGCAGAGGAAGACCCUGCUGCAGCACAUCCUGGUCAACGACAAGCACCGCUUCCUCUACUGCUACGUCCCCAAGGUGGCCUGCUCCAACUGGAAGAGGGUCCUCAAGGUCCUGAGCGGAGCCCUGGAGAACGUGGACGUCAACAUCAAGAUGGACCACCGCAGCGACCUGCUGUUUUUGUCCUCUCUAAAGCCCGAUGAGAUCCGCUACCGCCUCAAGCACUACUUUAAGUUCAUGUUCGUGAGGGAGCCAAUGGAACGCCUUCUCUCUGCCUACAGGAACAAAUUUGGAGAGAUCGAGUCCUACCAGAAGAAGUACGGCGUGGAGAUCAUAAAACGCUACAGGAAGGGCCGCGCCAAGGACACAUCGUUAACUGGAGACGAUGUUACAUUUGGCGAGUUUGUCCGUUACUUGCUGGACGAGGAUGUGGAGCGUAUGAAUGAGCACUGGAUGCCGGUGUACAACUUGUGCCAACCCUGCGCGGUGUCCUAUGACUUUAUCGGCUCCUACGAGCACCUCGAAAGUGACGCAGAGUUCGUGCUCCAACACAUCGGGGCCCCUCCUUACGUUCACUUCCCAGAGAGGCAAACGUGGUACAAACCGGUCACAGCAGAGACGUUACACUACUAUCUGUGCAGCUUACCACAGAAGCUACUGAGGGAACUCCUACCAAAGUAUAUUUUAGACUUUUCCCUCUUCGCUUAUCCCCUCCCCAACACAACCACUGAAUACUGUCGGCAUUAAAUGUUUUAUAGUAUUAGAGAUUAUUUUUUAUAGAGAAUCAUUUGUACUACUUUUUCUUACUGGGGAACAAACAGUAUUUUUAUAGCUGUUACACUUUUUUUUUUUUUACUUGAGAUGUCUGCACCUCAUUGCAAAAGACUGCAAAACCACUAAAGCUUGAAAUCAGCUGCAGACAAAGUUAAAAAUCAAAAAAGGUUACUGAAAUGUAUAUCACAUUGUCGUCCAAUUUCACUACAUUCCUUUUGAGCACUGUUACUGUAAAUGAACCAAUUCAGUAUACAAUAAUGGAAAUGUUUAUAGUUGUGAGACCAAACUUUGUAUUUUGCUUAUUUCUUCACCCAGAUAUGGGAGAAGGUAAAGGGUUAAACGCCUCAGUGGGCAUUCAGUGGUUUAGCAGGCUAAAACGCAUACCAUGUACUCAGCGAGUUGUGGGUUUUAAAUCAAGCUUGUGUUUUCUUUGUAUGUCACAGCCUAUCGUUCCCAUCUUACCUAUAACCCUUUACUAUUUACCAUUGAAUUAAACACAAGUUAU